AUGACAGCAGCAGCAGCAGCAAGCAACUCUCCCGCUGCAGCAGCAGAAGCAUCACCAUCACCAUCAGCAGCAGCAGCAGCAGCAGCAGCAGCACCGGCUUCUGGGGCUUCCUCUGGUUCUACACCCCCUACACCUUCCGCGUCUGCAGCUACAACAGCAGCAGCAGCAGCAGCAGGUGCAGCAGGAGGAGGAGGAGGAGCAGCAGCAGCAGCAGGAGAUCGGGAUGGGGAGUGUUUGCUGCAGCUGCCUCACUUACCUCUGUCUGUUGCCGACCUCCCGCUGCUGCAGCAGCACUACUUAGGCCCCCUUGAGCUGCUGGCAUUUGAUGAAGAUAUAAACACUGUCUUAAAGUGUAAACAAUUGAAAGAGCACCGAAUCAAGAUACUCUGCGACAAACUCAAAGAGAUUCUAAUGGAAGAAGGAAAUGUACAGCCCGUCAAUACGCCGGUGACAGUCGUUGGAGAUAUACACGGUCAAUUUCAUGACCUUAUGCAAAUGUUUAAAUGCGCUGGAACAUGCCCUUCGGUGAAUUUUCUCUUCUUGGGGGAUUAUGUCGACAGAGGUUUUAACUCCUUGGAGUGCGUAACCCUUGUCUUCCUCUUGAAGGUGCGGUAUCGCCACCGGAUUACAAUAAUUAGAGGAAACCAUGAGAGCCGGCAAAUAACGCAAGUCUACGGGUUUUUCGAUGAGUGCAUUCGGAAAUACGGCAACGCCAAUGUGUGGAGCCUCCUGACAGGAGUGUUUGACUAUUUGCCGCUGAGUGCGUUGAUCGAGGGACAAAUAUUUUGUCCCCAUGCGGGGCUGUCUCCUCAGCUGGACUCGCUAGACGCCGUGAGGGCUCUGCAAAGGCACCAGGAAGUGCCUCAUGAGGGCCCGAUGUGCGAUUUGCUUUGGUCGGACCCGGAAGAUCAACUGGAGGGUUGGGGGGUGUCUCCUCGCGGUGCAGGUAAGGAAGAUUAG